CAGUAAACCUGCGCAGAAUAAAAACAAAACCGGAAGUCAACCCUUCAUUUGUAAACACAUGGCUCGUUGUCGUGUCUGACGCCCAAUUAUGCCAAAACUCUUUGAGAUAACGUUUCCGGGAGAAUGUAAGACUCUCCCCGAAGGCUUUUGGUCGGCUGUAGACGUGUGGAUAAAGAAACCUCACGUCGUAAACAAACGUCUUUGCGGAACUACGGAGACUGAGAGCACCGAUGUGGGCGAAGAGGCUUUGCUCUUCCUGCUGGAUGAUCCUGAACUCCUCCACGAGGCGCUUUCCUUCAUCACCAACGAGGUCCCACCGGCUCAGGGGCACGAAGGAGAAAGCCCCUGGUCUUCUACUGUCAGGACCGUCAUUCCCAAAGUAAACAGUUACGGGACAAACCUGCACAAAGAGGUCGUACUCAAAGACUUUGGCAGACAACUCGUGAGCUUUCUUCCAUUUGAAGAGGAUUCAGAAGGACGCGUGUCUCUGAAGAGGGGCAACGUCUACCAGUUCCAGCUCCUCCACCAGGACGGUGAGGGAUGGGCCCUGGAGCUGCACGCUUUGGCUCCGGACGAGUGGUUCUCGGAUGGCGUCGUCUACCCGAAGCUGCCCUGGCUGUCCGCCGACCUGCUGCCCAAACUGGUGCGCUGGGCCACCGAGUGCAAGACCAGCGAGUUCAAGAGCACCUUGUCCCUGCUGCCGGUGGAGAAGUACAGCGUUAUGUACCAGCAGCUGAAGGAGAAGUACAAGGCCAUGGUGAAGAUUUGGCCAGAGGUUACAGAUCCUGAGAAAUUUGUCUAUGAGGAUGUUGCCAUUGCUACAUAUCUCCUUGUGCUGUGGGCCGAGGAGCGAGCGGAGAAAGGUCUGACCAGCAGACAGUCCUUUGUGGACUUGGGAUGUGGAAACGGGCUCCUGGUUCACAUACUGGCCGGCGAAGGGCAUCCCGGCAGGGGCAUCGACGUUCGGAGGAGGAAGAUCUGGGACAUGUACGGCCCCCAGACUCUGCUGGAGGAAAAGGCAAUUACUCCCAGCGAGCGCUUCUUAUUCCCGGGCGCGGACUGGCUGAUUGGGAACCACUCGGACGAGCUCACACCGUGGAUUCCUGUUAUAGCUGCCAGGUCCUCUUACUCCUGCCGGUACUUCGUCCUCCCCUGCUGCUUCUUCGACUUCUACGCAAAGUACCAGCGACGCCAGUGCAAGAAGUCUCAGUACAAAGAAUACAUCGACUUCAUCACGGAGGUGAGCCGAGUCAGUGGCUUCAACACCGAGGAGGACUGCCUGAGGAUACCGUCCACCAAGCGGGUGUGUCUGGUGGGGAAAUCGAGAAACUACCAGCCGUCGGACGACGCCCAGGCGGAGAGCCGAAGGGCUCGUUACAUUCAGAGCCACCGGGCUGCCCCCCCGAGUGACGGCGGCGGUCGCCCCGGAGACAAAGACGCUGACGGGGACCCCGGCGGCGGCUGGGGAGCGGGCUUCCAGCCCAGAGAGCGGGUCGAAGCGGUUCGAAACUGCGCCGCCCUCCCGCGGGACUUGGUCGACGGCGUGGUCCUGCAGGUGGGCAACGCUCUCCUGGGAAUGGCGGAGGACGACCCCGGGGCGACCCCCACCGGCUGGGAUGAAGGAGGCAGCCUCUCAGUGAGCGAGGCCGCUGGGCUGUUGGUGCAGGAAACCCUGCAGCGGCUGAAGAAGGAGUGUGGAGGCCUCCAGACGCUGCUCAAGAACAACCACCAGGUCUUCAGAGUAGAAGGAGGGAGGGUGUACAUACGAGACUGGCGGGACAGGAAGUCCUCCGGGGCGGACGCCAGGAGGAGGCCCGUCGUACCCGGGGCGCUGAAGACCCGCCCCUGCUGGUUCUAUGACCACCACCCUCAGCGCUGCCCCCUGCAGGCCGAACACUGCGCCUUCGCCCACGGGCCGGACGACCUCCGACCCUCCACCCGACCGCUGAAGAAGAUGAGAAAGGACGCCUGUUGAUCGGCUUUUUUAUUUAUUUUUUUAUUUAUCUGAUGAAGUUGAGCGUCUACUGAUCUAAUGUACUGAUUAACAGUAUUAAUUCUUAGGUCUGCAGCCACAGAGAGUAAGGAGGUACGAGCAGUGUGAUCGUUAUCGGGGCCACGUUGCAUCAUGUUGUGUGUUUACGGAACGGAUCACGUACUAGAUCCUUUUUAUUUCUUUCAUGGACCUUUUUCUUCUUUUUUCCUGUCAAAAAACAGCCCCAUGUGCUUCACUGGGACACUUAGUCCACCUGAGACAGGUGCUCUGAGGUUCGCAGACAGGGCGGCGGAUGAAGGCCGGGGGCGGCGUUUGAACGCGGUAAAUGUUAUCGGUAUGAAUAAUUUGUUGGCAGGAGACUGGGGGGGGGGGGGGGGGGGUGAGCUGCUGUGUCUCUCUAACACAGUUUGCCAUCAGCCUUUGGCUCAAAUGUCAAAAACCAGCAAGGACCCCCCCCUCCCCCAUCCCCUCUCCCCAUCAGAGACUGCAGCGAGGCAACAACAAUCGCGCCGCCGAUGCAACGCGGCGUAAAAGGCCGAUGAUUUAUUGGCUAAGAUACGGAUGCGAGGUGGCGACCCGGAGCCACGUUGUUCGCGUGGUUUUAUUUUUAUUUGCAUCGUGCACCUGUCUCGCAGGUAUUUCAACGUGCCGUUUCCUGACGUUACACGAUGGGACAUUUCGCCCUUUGUAGCCACUAACGCGCAAACGCAGCGCUGAAGCUUGAAGGGUCGGUUCACCCAAAUGACGAGAAACAGCGUGUCAAGCCUGGUUUCCUGUGAAGGAGCAUUCUGCCAGUAGAAGGAGCCCUGCAGGGAAUGUCUGCAACAGAAAUAGCAAUGCUCCUUUUAAUGUGAGUCAUCAUUUUGACUUUUCAACAUGUUCACGUUGUUUUCCUCCUUUGACUAAGACAAUUCUGCAUAUUUUGACCUUGUUUAAUCUCAUCAUUUUGUCUAAUAAACAAAAAACGAACAAAGUA